CGAGGGGAGCCCCCGCCCCCCUUCGCAGAAGCCUGCGGCUGGGGUUGCAGGAAGAACUGGAACUGGGCUGGCCGAAGUGGGAAGCGGCGCGUUAAAUCCGCCCCCUCUCCAUACCCUACUUUCAAGGGGUGGGCGGUAGAGGGGAGGUUGGGGUUGGAGCAGCGGCGAGGGGGCCCCUCCCUUGCACCUCCCCCCACCGGACUUGGUCGCGCCCGAAGUGUAACACUUUCUCUUUGUCGGAGGAGCUCCUCUGUUUCCUGUGCAGUAGCUCCCGUUGCGGCGGCACCCGUGGCAGCCCUGGCGGACGCAGGAGCGAUGGCAGCGACCGAUAUAGCUCGCCAGGUGGGUGAAGGUUGCCGAACUGUCCCCCUGGCUGGACAUGUGGGGUUUGACAGCUUGCCUGACCAGCUGGUGAAUAAGUCCGUCAGCCAGGGCUUCUGCUUCAACAUCCUGUGCGUGGGAGAGACAGGUUUGGGCAAGUCCACCCUCAUGGACACCCUGUUCAACACCAAGUUCGAAGGGGAGCCAGCCACCCACACACAGCCGGGCGUCCAGCUCCAGUCUAAUACCUAUGACCUCCAAGAGAGCAACGUGAGGCUAAAGCUCACGAUCGUUAGCACAGUUGGCUUUGGAGACCAGAUCAACAAAGAGGACAGCUACAAGCCCAUCGUGGAAUUCAUUGACGCACAAUUCGAGGCCUACCUGCAGGAAGAGCUGAAGAUCCGAAGAGUGCUGCACACCUACCAUGACUCCCGGAUCCAUGUCUGCUUGUAUUUCAUUGCCCCCACGGGUCAUUCCCUGAAGUCUCUGGACCUAGUGACUAUGAAGAAGCUGGACAGUAAGGUGAACAUCAUCCCCAUCAUUGCCAAAGCAGAUGCCAUUUCGAAGAGUGAGCUAACGAAGUUCAAAAUCAAAAUCACCAGCGAGCUUGUCAGCAACGGAGUCCAGAUCUAUCAGUUUCCUACAGAUGAUGAGUCAGUAGCAGAGAUCAAUGGAACCAUGAAUGCCCACCUGCCGUUUGCUGUCAUCGGCAGCACAGAAGAACUGAAGAUAGGCAACAAGAUGAUGAGGGCGCGGCAGUAUCCUUGGGGCACUGUGCAGGUUGAAAACGAGGCCCACUGCGACUUUGUGAAGCUGCGGGAGAUGCUGAUUCGGGUCAACAUGGAGGAUCUGCGGGAGCAGACCCACACCCGGCACUAUGAGCUGUAUCGCCGCUGUAAGCUGGAGGAGAUGGGCUUCAAGGACACCGACCCUGACAGCAAACCCUUCAGUUUACAGGAGACGUAUGAGGCCAAAAGAAACGAGUUCCUAGGGGAACUCCAGAAAAAAGAAGAGGAGAUGAGACAGAUGUUCGUCCAGAGAGUCAAAGAGAAAGAAGCAGAGCUCAAAGAGGCAGAGAAAGAGCUGCACGAGAAGUUUGACCGUCUGAAGAAACUGCACCAGGACGAGAAGAAGAAACUGGAGGAUAAGAAGAAAUCCCUGGAUGAUGAAGUGAAUGCUUUCAAGCAAAGAAAGACAGCAGCCGAGCUGCUCCAGUCCCAGGGCUCCCAGGCUGGAGGCUCACAGACUCUGAAGAGAGACAAAGAGAAGAAAAACUCUUACUGUUUUACAGUUAACUCUGCUGUUUGCUGCAUGCUGCAUGAGACCCAGGGUCCUGCUUUUUUUAAUCUUGUCUUCAGCAGCUGCACUAAGUCUAAAGGAGAAGACUGCCAUUAUAGAAGAGUUAGGGUUCCAUAUUGUCUCAAAUCAGAAAUCAACCAAUUCCCUCUCCCCUCAAACUGCAAGCACACGCACAUACGCCACACCACCCAACAAGUGUUCAUGUGUCCCUGUGUCCAGGCAAGAAGCUCUCUUCCCGACUCACAUGGUAUUUUAAAUGGAAGUGUCUUGUCCUAACUAACAAGGCAGGAAAAGAACCAUCAGAGCUGGAAAAUGGACCAAAUGUAACCUCAGAGAAACAACUACAGGACCACUCACCCAAGUGUAAGUGACUGGGGCAGGACACUUCAGCUGUGGGUGUGGAAGUACUGUUCUGUUCACAAGGUUUUGUUUGCGUUUUGUGUUUUUCUUUUAAACAUUUCUCUGGUUCGAUGGGUUGACUGUCUACGGCCACUGUUAAAACAUUUCUGAAUAUGGAAGAGAAAGUCAAGUGACAUUUUUAUCUUCUUCAGCAUUCACAGACCUUCUAUAGAUUCCAGCAAAGGGGAAAAAUGUGUCCACUAUCUAACACUCAGGUGGAGAAGGGAGAGAAGGGAGAGAAGGGAGGGGGUUUAAGCUUAGUGAGGGCAAAAUUACUCCAUUCCACCUUCUGAGACCAGUUGGGGUUUUGAGAGAGGUUUCUGCUCAACCUGGGAUCUGGAGGGAGAGCUUUGAUGUUGGUAAAUCUGCCUUGAAUUCAUUGGUUUAACUUGCAUCAAAAUACCAUGUGAGUGUGCUCAUUCUCAUAGAUCCCUACCAUCAUCACCACCAUUCUGCUGUUCAGUGUCUCUUGAGAGAGCCUCUUUGCAUGUUUUCCAGAAUCUGUGUGUGUUUUUCCUUUCUUCUCCUUUGUUCUUUUUGCUCAAAGGUGUGACCAGUCACUGCCCCUCUGGGGCUUUCAUUCUCCAGGAGAAACAUCCCAGAACCAGCACUGUUUAGCUUACUACCUUUCUAAUGUCCAUGUCAAUUUUCAAUAAAAUUCAAAGAAAUGCUGAA